UUCUUCAUUGUAAUUCGUAUCUCUGUAGUUUAAUUUUGCUUUGAUUGAGAGUGAUGUUGUUAAAUCGAUUACUGAAAUCAGAAUUCACAGAAAAGGUAAAUCGGAGGUCAAAUUUAAGGUUUCUGUUUUGAUUGAUUCUUUUUUAUUAAAUAUCAAUGGUUUGUUAGAAUUAAAGUGGGUUUGUUCUGAUUUGAAGUAGAGAUGGUAGUAUGAAGUUUAAUUUUGAUUUCGUAGAGAAUUAUGGUUUAUAAUCUUCCCUAAUUUUGAUUUCGUUUUCCAAAUAAAAACUCUGAACCUAUCCUCCUCACUUCUCAGCACUUUUUCCUCUUCUGUUUUGCAUCUUUCUAGCUAGGGUUAAACUCUCUUCUUCUGAAAAAAAUUUUUUUGCAGAAAUUUCAAAGCUCUGAAUUUUCAUUUUAAUAGUUCCUUGAGUGGAAGUUCCGAUACUAAUAAUAAUGAUGUAAAGGUAGAUCUAUCCAUCUCUUCAAAAUCUUGAUUUAGGAAAAAAAUGAGGUAUAACAUAGGAUCUAGGAGGAGAAGACUGUGUGAACAUGGGUUUCUUUUAAUAUGUGGAAUCAUUACUGGGUUUGGAUUAUUAGUUUUAACUUUAAGGUCUAUUGAUCAACCUCCUCCUUAUUCUACUUCACUCACAUUUCCUAAUGAGCUUAAUAGUGAUGAGCUAGUGGAGCAGAAUAAAUAUAAUCAACAAUCGGACGGUGAAUCGGGUAAGUGCGCGACGGUCGAAGAGAUGGGAGAGAGUUUUGCUGGUGAUGGACAUGAAAAAGAAAGCCUUAGAGUGAGACAAAUGAUUCGAUAUCAUUUCAUAUUAAACGGGCCUACAAGAGUACGUGAGCUUCCUCCGGAGGAAUUCUGUGAGCAAGGAUUUGUUCUGGGAAAAGCGUCGGAAGCAGGAUUUGGAAACGAAAUGUACAAGAUAUUAACAGGGGCAGCGUUGAGUAUCAUGUUGAACCGGUCAUUGAUUAUCGGGCAAACCAGGGGCAACUUCCCAUUUGGGGAGCACAUAUCUUAUUCCGAUGUCUCAUUUACUUUAAAAGAAGUAAAACAUCUCUGGAGACAGAACAAUUGCACGACUAAGCAUGGAAAACUCCUCAUCAGAACUGAUGAUUUUGAGAAACCUGCAGAAACAAAUGUUCUGUGCGGCAAUUGGAGGAACUGGAAGCACCCAAUCAUCUGGUUUCAAGGUACAACUGAUGCAGUGGGUGCUCAGUUUUUCUUAAAGAACAUACACCCUCAGAUGCGGAAUGCAGCUGUUGAAUUAUUUGGGCAGCCAGGAUAUUUUCAAUCCAGGCCUAAUGUGUUUGGAGAGUUGAUGAGAGUUAUCAUUUCUCCCACCAAAAAUGUUGAGGAAGCAGUGAACUGGGUUCUUGGUGGUGGUCCGGAUCCUGAUAUUGUUUUGCACAUGCGCAUGCUUUCGAAUAGUGGUGGUCUGUGGUGGUCGGCGGUGGCGCAGUGGUGGUUUUCGGGGAUGGAGGUGGUGGCGCCGUGUUGGGUGGCGGUGGUGGCGAGGUGGUAG